AUGCCGCCAGCCGCCCACAGCCGCCACAACCACCAGCCGCCCACAGCCGCCAGCCAACCGCCAGCCGUCCACAACCGCCAGCCGCCCACAGCCGCCAUUGCCACCCACAGCCGCCAGCCGCUCACAACUGCCAGGCUGCCCACAGCCGCCAGCCACCCACAGCCCAGCUGCCCACAGCCGCCAUUACCGCCCACCCACAACCGCCAGUGCCGCCCACAGCCGCCAGCCGCCCACAGCCACCGCCGCCCACAGCCGCCACCGCCCACACAGCCGCCACUACCACCCACAGCCGCCACCGCCCACAGCCGCCACUCUUCACACACCAACAGCCGCCACUGCCCACAGCCGCCACUACCACCACAGCCGCCACCGCCCACAGCCGCCACUACCACCAAACAGCCGCCACUCGCCCACAGCCGCCACUUACCACCCACAACCGCCACCGCCCACAGCCACCACUACCACCAACAGCCGCCACCGCCCACAGCCGCCACGCCGACAGCCGCCACUACCACCCACAGCCGCCACUACCACCCACAGCCACCAUCGCCCACGGCCACCACUACCGCCCACAGCCACCUCCGCUUAUACCCAACCGCUACAGCCGUCACGGCCGCCAACCGCCGCCUCCUACACCAGGCACUGUCUGUAGCCAACCACAAACCACACUCGUACGCCCGCUCGUCCAGACAAACUACUUAA